AUGGCUUCAAAAGCACGUUCAAAGACAUUAAAGGGAAUAACUAUGAGAAUGCUAGUCACCAGAUCACCAAGCCCUGCACCAACCAUGAUGAGAACAGAAGACCUGAUGCUGUUGGUGGCGUUAACUAUUGACUCUAUCACUGCUAUUAUAGCAGCCUAUUAUACCGGAAGAGGGUCGGUGAAGGCCCUUAUUGUCAAUAUCGUUUUAGAUACUCUGAUUUUGAUGGGCGUGCCAACGUCUAAAAAUUUCGGAAUAGAUUGUGGAGCAAUCCCCUUGCGUACAUCCAUUUCAAAAAAUUAUUGA